UCAGGUUUCUCUCUGGUUUAGGUUGGUCUAGCGUAGGUAUAUGUCAUCCGAAUGAAAACAAUUAUCGACGUCUUUUAUUGGCGUCAUGAGAAACGUCAGAAAAAUAUUUUGCUUCGUCCAUUGUCAAUUAAGGUCUAGGUUAGUGAAUGUAGUUCAAAGUUAGAUAGAUAUCCCGAAAUGUGAGAUGAAUACCGCAAAAGACGAGGAUGAUUUCUGGUACAGCAGCGAGACGCGGUCGUUCUGCUUCGAGAGCGAGGUGGAUCAAUUAAGGAGCGACAAACUGUGGACAGGAAUUCUCAAUGCGUCGAGUUCCGAAAGUGGCCUUCAGUCUACCGCUGAUUUUCAAACUACGAAACCACUGCUUUCAAUUAUAUCUGACAGGACGCUUUCACGCAUUUUAGACGCAGAUAACAAACCGGAGAAAGCUCAUCCAAAAGCAGAGAUUAAACAUCCAGAACUGGCUGUUGUCCAGCCAGAUAUCACCUUGAGACAGAUAUUGCUCGGUCAAUCAUAUUCGUUAGAACGAUACAAGUCUCUCGCUAGCAAAACUGCCCUAUUAGACGCUGCUAUCUUAAACGGAGAUGGAAAUGCUAUUUUGAUAAUAAUUUUAUUUCUUACGAAAACUUUAAAACGAUCAUUAGUGCAAAGACUAUUAACAGAGAGGCCAGAUGCGGUAAACGUGUAUAUACAUUAUCUGUUUAUAAGGCUACAUUCAAGUGAAAUAACUGAUAUUUUGACGAUGCUGGGCCAUUCCUCAACUGCUGCUAUGAAGAACCUGCAUAUUAUUAUAAAAAACACAAAAGAUCCAAAUAGGCUAAUGCAAAAACUUCAAAAUUGUUACAAGGCACUUUUUACCAUGUUACCUGACUGCAAAGAAACUACGUUUCUGGAGUCUUAUAUUAAGUUGCUGGAAUGGCAAAUGGCGAUCAAACAGAAAAAGAACGAUGAGGAACUCCCAUUGAAUUCCUCUGUCCUGGAGUCUCUGCGUUAUGCGUGCAAACAUCAUUGCAAUACGCCGAAAGAUUUUGUCACGAUGUCACCUACAGUGCUCUCUCGAGACCAUGACAUUUCUCCUAGACUGUAUCAGAAAGUCGCUUUACAAGUUAAAGCCGCCUGCGGUGGGUGGGACGAUAUCGAUCGUUUACUCUUAACAAAGGGAUUACUUGGUAACACAAAAUUACAAACGCAGUUGUAUACAGAGGAUAUUUUGAAAGUAUUGUAUAAAUACAACGCGCCACAUGCCGUUCUCGAAAAGUAUCUGAAGUUCAUCGACAAUCUAGAGAAGCGAUUGGAAUUGGCAAAAAAACUAUCUUGCCAUACAAUAGUAAUUGAUAUAUUUGUGCAACAAGGGGAUCGUGCAAUACUGAUGGAUUACAAAGCGAAAUUACAGCCUCAAUCGGAAGGAUAUUUUUAUGCCGAGAGCGCUUUGCGUUUACCACAUAUUAAGUGGAAGAGUUAAGCUUAUUGCAUUUAUAAAAAAUUGUAAAAUUUACAUUUGUAAAGAAUUAUAUAUAUUCGAA